AACCCAAAGGAAUUUGAUGAAGAGGUCUUCGAAUUGGACACUUUCAAUCAGCCCAGCACUGAAAGAAUCGCUUCGGAUGAAGAAGAAGCUGCUUUGAUUGCAGAAACCAGUGCUGAAGCUCUGCAAGAUGCCCUGGAACUGGAAAUUGUGGCCUCACCUGAUCACGAAGUCACUGCCUCAGAAGAACCUAAUCUCGAAGAAGAAAUCCUACUGGUGACUGCAGAAACGACAAGCAUUCAAAUAGAAGCUCUGUCGGAUGACGAAAAAUGGCCGACACGUCCGUUGGAAGCCGGUGUCAUCAUUUCUGCACCAGCUUUAGCAGCGUCGUCGUUGGCAACUAUGCCAACGUCACCACCGGGUGUCGGGACACCGAUCGCAUUCCUGGCCGACGAUGAUGAUCGAGGUUUGAAAAAAUUUACAAAGAAGUCAAAGCUGAGACACAAAACAAAAAGCAAUGCGACGAAUUCUGAAAAUCAUCGAAAGAAAUUGAAAGCACCUGUGCGGAAGACGAAGUCCAUGGAUGCCGUGAAUUCAAAACGCGCGGAUCGCAAAGCACUGGCAAAGGCGCGAGAAGCUCUGGCGAAACGCCUGCGCCAAGAGCUGGAAGCCGAAAAGGUCCCCGCCAAAAAGGAAGCCAUGACGUUUCGCAGCGCGCUCGAAUGGCUCCUCGACUUUUCGGCGUCGUGCGUCAUUUGCGCGAGUUUCACGGCACUCGUCUUCCUCAUCCCGAUCGUGGCGAACCCGGCCUUGGUGUCGUUGGACGCCAGGUUCAGCAGUUUGACAGACUGUCGCGUUUGCGGCGUCGUCAACCGAGUGGGCUUCUCCAAUUGUUCCUGGACGUCGUGUCGAGAGGGCUGCACGGCUGACAUCUACAAGUGUUUGCACGUCUGGGUCAUGUACAACCCUGAGCCCGAGGACUGCGACUUGCGACUGCCCGACGAGUCUGUGGAGCUCUUUGAGCUGGGCAAGAAUGACUGUGAUGAAAGCGUUUCUCUGCCACCACAAACUUCGAGUUGCGCUCGUCCUCGUCGGGCUCGACUUUACAUCAACGCAUUGUCUUGCGGUUACCCACCUGAGGUGAACUGCUCGGUUUACCAAGAGUUUGUGGAACAGAAUGCGACAUCUGUGCGACAGUGUCAGUACUCGCGACGAGACCCGUCCUUGGCAGUGUUGUCGUUCGAUUCGGCGGACGCCGUGCGCACUCUGCUGCUCAGCAUGUUCGUGCCCGUGGCGGCGACGGCACUCAGCUCUGUGUACCUGUGCUGGCGGUUCUGCGGCGUGGACGCCAGUGCUGCCGACGGCGGCGGCGGCGGCGGCGGCAUGAAGAAGAAGAAGGCGGCGAAGCAGCAAUUGGCUUCCACGCUGCGCGCCGGCGACGCGGGAUACGACGACCAAGACGAAGACGACUCCUCCAACUUUAGGGUCAAGUCAAAAUCCGACACAGAUAUUCCGGGUUCCAGGCAAGAAUUGGACGAUUUCUCCCGGGGGUUCCACAGGCGUCACCACAAUCCGUGGCACCACGACUCCUCCACAACCACAGUGAGCACCAUUUUGGGUGGCAGUCACAGCUCGUCGGCGCCUGGCAACAAUAAUAACCACGACGACUCCGGGGUUGGAUCUGCCACUCAGAGCGUCAAAGAUCAGGACCAAUCCGACCGACGUGGAGUGACAUCUACUCCGGUGGAGCGAUUCAAGUUGUGAUUUUUUGCCUCCCCUCUUUGUCCAGUUUUCUCUUUGUAUUUUGGAAAAUAAAAGGGGGAUUGUUUGUGAUGAUCCAUAUACUGUACCGUCGAAGACAAUGAGAAACAGAAGACGUUCACAGGAUUUUUUUUUUUCGAGGGGCAUUGUUUGAAGUUGGAAUCGGCGUGAUAGUGAAUGUUAUACUGUAUACUGUGUAUGUCUACUGUACUGUGGUUUUCGAACGACAUCUGGUGCUGGUUGUCGGAGUAUUUUGAUGGACGUUGCAUGAUGUGGCCCGGCGGGUAUUGAUUGGAUUGGCUCUUUUCCUUGGCUGAGUCAGUAAAAUGCACACGCAUUGUUGUUUUCUUGGUCUGCCUACGCAUGCAAGGAAUGAUACAAUAAAAGCAUUUAGGCAUUG